CGGAGAUGCUUCAAAGCUUAAAUAAGAAUGCCUGGAUCCCCUUGAAGCCCUACUAUACCCAGGUUUACCAGGAAAUUUGGGUAGGAGUGGGGUUGAUGUCUUUCACUGUUUCUAAAAUCAGGAGUGCUAAUAAAAAAAGUAAAGCUUUGAAAGGUGCUACACCUGCUCAUGGUCAUGGUCAUCAUUAGCCCGCUCCCUGAGUACACUCAAGAUGAAUCCUCAGUCAGCCUGUAAAUUUAAGCAAGCUGUGUUAGUUGGGAACAUGGAACUUCACUAUAUACUUGCCUAAGUA